AUGGCGUCCCGAUUCUUUCACGGCGACAGUUCGAGCGAGAGCAGUUCUUCCGACGAAGAGGAGCUCUAUUCUGAUAAGGAAGAGGAGGAAGAAGCAUCCGAAGCAGAAGAUUCCGACGAAGAUUCCGACGAAGCUGAGGAUGAGUCCUCCAGCAGCGAUGAUGACGGCGGAAAGAAGAGCGGUGUCAGCAAGUUCUUGCGAGACGCAGAUUCUGAGAGCGAAAGCGACAGCGAUGAGGACGUGGCCAAGGUCGUGAAGAGUGCCAAGGAUAAACGUUUUGAGGAGUUGGAGGGUACUGUUAAGGCUAUCGAAAAUGGAGAGAAGAUCAAUGACUGGCAUGUCAUCUCUGCCGAAUUCGAUAAGCUCAACAGACAAGUGGUGAAGCUCGUCCAGGCUGGCAACACGCCAAAGCUGUAUGUUAGGGCUAUUGCAGAGUUGGAAGAUUUCAUGAACGAGACAAUCGCCAAGCAGAAGGUCUCGACGAAGAAGAUGAAUGCGACCAACGCCCGUGGCCUGAAUGCUGUGAAGCAACGUAUUAAGAAGAAUAACAAGGACUACCAGAAGGAUAUCGAUGCAUACAGAGCCGACAAGGAUGCGUUUAUGGAGUCUGAUGAGGAGGAGGAGCCAGCUCCAAAGCCCAAAAAGCCAAAGGUAGUGUCAGGUGUACCCCAGGCUACACUCGAGGACGAUGAUGAGGGCUUCUCGACAGUUGGAAAGGGUGGACGGACGUUACAAUUCACACCUGAGAGCAUUCUCAAGCACCUGCGCACGAUUAUGGAGUCUCGAGGAAAGAAGAACACGGACCGUACCGAGCAGAUUAAGAUUAUGGAGAAGCUCUAUGAGGUUGCCACAACCCCUUACCAGCGCGUUCGCGUUCUCUUGACCCUCAUUUCCACCAGAUUCGAUUUGACCACCGGUGUCCAAACCUUCAUGUCUCAAGAGCAAUGGAAGGCAGCCGAGCAAGAAUUCGGUAACCUUCUCAAGGUUCUGGAGGCCAACAGAGAGUUGGUGGUGGUUGAGAAUGCCGAGGAAUGGGAAGAUGAUGACAAGCAACCGACCAUUGCACCUGGCGAGAACUUCAAAAUCCCUGGCAGCAUUGUGUCAUAUGUGGAACGACUUGACGAUGAACUCACCAGAUCCCUUCAGCACAUCGACCCACACACCGCUGAAUACAUCGACCGACUGUCGGACGAAGGUGCUCUCUACAACAACAUUACCCGCGUUCUGCUGUACACGGAAAAUCUCCGCCAGGAUGAGAAGCUUCAAGUGUCUCAGGAGAGUAUAAACCGUAUCGUCAUGAGAAGACUUGAGCAUGUGUACUUCAAGCCAUCGGCUGUUGUCAAGAUCCUCGAAGAGAACUGCUGGAAGUCGAUCCCCGAGAAUCUUGAAUCUGCCAUCACCCCUCGGAAUCAAGUUGCGGAUGCUGCCGCCCUCGUCAAUGUUCUGUGCAACUACCUCUUCAUCAAUAGUGAAGGUAUCAUCCGCGCAAGAGCCAUGCUGUGCCAGAUUUACUUCCUUGCGCUGCACGACAAUUACUACAAGGCUCGAGAUAUGAUGCUGAUGUCCCAUUUGCAAGAGACAAUCAACGCGUUCGAUGUCCACAGCCAAAUUCUGUUCAACCGAACCCUUGUUCAGGUUGGUCUAUGCGCUUUCCGAGCUGGUCUUGUUUAUGAAGCCCAAACCACUCUGCAGGAGAUCUGUGGUAGCGGUCGUCAAAAGGAGUUGCUCGCUCAAGGUGUUAUGAUUCAGAGAUACAACCAAGUAUCACCAGAACAAGAGAGACUUGAGCGCCAAAGACAACUCCCCUUCCACAUGCACAUCAACCUUGAACUCCUCGAGUGCGUUUACCUUACCUGCAGUAUGCUUCUCGAAAUCCCACUUCUCGCACAGACUGGCUCGUCACCCGAUAUCAAGAAGCGAGUCAUCAGCAAGACUUACCGCCGUAUGCUCGAAUACCACGAGCGACAGAUUUUUACCGGUCCUCCCGAGAAUACCAGAGAUCACGUUAUGCAAGCAUCGAAAGCUUUGGCAGCCGGAGAAUGGAAGAAGGCAACCGAAUUCAUCCACUCAAUUAAGAUCUGGGAGCUCAUGGCUAAGCCAGACUCCAUCAAGGAGAUGCUCUCCGCUCAAAUCCAAGAGGAGGGUCUCCGGACAUAUCUCUUCACAUACGCCCCAUACUAUGACACUCUCGCCGUCGGCACUCUGUCGUCGAUGUUCGAACUCUCUGACCGCAAGGUUGCUGCUAUUGUCAGCAAAAUGAUCAGUCACGAGGAACUUGCCGCCGCUCUUGACCAAGUCAAUUCAUCGAUUAUCUUCAGAAAGGGUGUAGAGUUGAGUAGACUGCAGAGCUUAGCACUUACCCUCAGUGACAAGGCAAGCGGUUUGAUCGAGAGUAACGAGCGGACCCUGGAGACAAGAACACAAGGAACAGCCAACGCAUUCGAGAGACAGGGCGGCCGAGGGGGACGCGGAGGACGCGGUGGUCGCGGCGGUGGUAGAGGAGGUGGCGGAAGAGGAGGUGGUGGUGGUGGCGGAAACAGUGCUCCUAGACAAUCGGGUGGCACACAAUUUACGGGUGGAGCUCUUGGUGCUGCGAUUCGUGCUUAG